AAGCGUCACCAUCAGCAACGCCCCAUUUCCGGAACUUCCCACCGCCACAGUCGUUGUUUCAGAUCUCCGUGAAUGAAGUCCGUCGAGACCAGCCGACUCGUUCAUCAUUGGAAGUGCAGACCAGUCGAGGUUUUCAACCACAAGAUCACGUGCAUGAUCCUCCAGAGUCUCCAGUUCAACACUCUCAUGUCCCAAGUCAUCUGUCGUCUCAAGGGCACAACUUCGAACCUGAUCCCAUGUUACCAGAACUCUAGGAGGACAUCGUAAGGGCUCUGAAUUUCUUGCUUUCAGUGCCAGGCAGAGAGAGGUUCACAUCUGUUCUCAGUGAACCAGAGCUGCCUAGAACGAGUUGGUUUGAUCGGGAUCCAAAACUGGUGCGGAUGAUUACCAAAGUACUUACCAACAAGUUUAAUGGUCCCUUCUAUAGCUGGUCCUGUGUGCCACAGGACAGAAGAGAAAGGUACAUUAUAGAGUUUGCGAAAACCCACACUUGGGAUCCUUUGAUUAUAGGGACGGUUCAAAAAAAGUUUGAGAAGGUCUGUCAACGCCGGAUAAAGGAUAUGGUUAGCAAUGUGAGGACAAGUCGUGAACGACCAACUUGGAUCGUCGACACUCUCUGGUAAGUUAUGGUUGCUCACUGGGAUACAGAUGGAGCACAGCAAAGAAGUCUCACCUAUUUUAAGGCUCGUAUGUCUGACUGUGAUGGUCUCGGUCCUCACAUCUAUUUAUCUGGCCCAAAGUCGUAUCAACAGAUACAAACAGAAAUGGAAGACAAAAUUGGAAGAAUUGUCAGUCUUGGUGAGGUUUUCAUCAAAACACAUACAAAGUCAGAGGGAAUGUAUGUUGAUUGGAAGGCAGAGAUAAUCGCGCAUAAUUGUGAGAAGAACUUGCAAGCGAAGUUGGAUGAGCUUGAGGUAGAUUCUUCAGCGGUUUCAGACGGUGCUUCACAACCUUGGGAACUCACGGCAGAUGAAUAUACUGCCAUAUUUCUUCAGUCCACUGAGAAGGAUUCCCAAGGUAAUUAUUAUGGAGUUGGCAGCCUCAAAGACAAUCUUGGGGUUCUUGGCAAGCGCAAGCGACCAUACCAGUCAUUCAUGGCAUUGCAAGAGCAACUAGAGGAAGCUCAACACAAGAUCGAGGAGCAGACUACUCUUAAUUCUCAGGCUGCUGCCAGAGAAGUUGACAUAUCCCUAGUUGUAUCUCAGCAAAAGGACAACAUCAACAAGCUGGAAAAGUUCUUGCGCCAUUCUAAUCCGGCAUUCGUGGAUUUUUUGGUGACUGAAUCAGCUGAGGCAACAACCACGGAUCCUCUCACAACCAAUCUACCUGCAACAGCUCCACAAUCAACUCCACCAUCAACUUCUUAGGUUACUAAUCCAUCACUCUUUGUUUCUAAACUCAUGAACUUGUCAGUUUUCAGUUUUUGUAUGUUUGAUGAAUUGUGUUUUAUGACUUGUGUUUUAUAACUUGUUUCUAAAAAUAUUG